UAACUUCGCGUGUGUCUCUCGCGAGAGUUGCGCCUCUGGCGAGAUUUUUAUAUCGCAGCCAUAGCAGUAUCUCGCGAGAAUUUGAACAGGAAAUGUCAGAACGGAAGCGGAAUCCCGCGAAUCCCGGAAGUUAAGCUGUUCUUUCAGUUCCCUGUAGGCUUUCUGGUUCCAGUUCUUAAUAGAUCUCUAGUUUGGAAGUUCAAAGCAGGAUGAUCCUGACCCGGCUGAAAGGAAAAUCAGAUGGGAAGCUUACAAAACAGAUUUGCAAAGUUGUGUUGGAUCAUUUUGACAAACAAUAUUCCAAAGAACUUGGAGAUGCCUGGAAUACAGUAAGGGAUGUACUGACAUCUCCAUCAUGGUGGCAAUAUGCUGUCCUGUUUAACCGCUUCAAUUAUCCUUUUAAACUGGAAAAGGAUUUACAUUUGAAGGGCUAUCACACACUCUUUCCAGGAUCUAUACCCUACUAUCCUAAAUCAAUGAAGUGUUACCUUAGCAGAACCCCGGACCGACUGCCUUCAGAAAGACACCAAAUUGGAAACCUGAAAACAUACUAUCUUCUAAAUGCUGCUUCUCUUCUCCCAGUACUGGCUCUGGAAUUAAGGGAUGGGGAGAAGGUUCUGGAUCUGUGUGCUGCUCCUGGAGGCAAAUCGAUAGCUCUGCUGCAGUGUGCUUGUCCAGGUUAUCUUCAUUGUAAUGAAUAUGAUAGUCUGAGAUUGAGGUGGCUGAGGCAGACAUUAGAAUCUUUCAUCCCACAGCCUUUGAUAAAUGCAAUUAAAGUGUCUGAAUUGGAUGGCAGAGAAAUGGGAGAUGUCCAGCCUGAAACAUUUGACAAGGUGUUAGUGGAUGCUCCAUGUUCAAAUGAUCGAAGUUGGUUGUUCUCUUCUGAUUCUCAGAAGGCAGCCUGUAGGAUAAGUCAAAGGAGGAAUUUGCCUGUUCUACAGGUAGAACUCUUAAGGUCUGCAAUUAAGGCCUUACGUCCUGGAGGUCUACUCGUGUACUCUACAUGCACACUAUCCAAGGCAGAAAAUCAAGAUGUAAUCAGUGAAAUUUUAAACUCUCACAAUAACAUCAUGCCUGUGGACAUUAAGGGAAUAGCAAGGACUUGGUCCCAAGACUUCACAUUUGCUCCCAUUGCCCAGGAAUGUGGACUCUUGGUGAUUCCAGAUAAAGGCAAAGCCUGGGGCCCAAUGUAUGUAGCCAAAUUGAAAAAAUCAUAAAGCACAGGAAAAUGGUGACAUGAAUUUUGUAAACUAUCUUGAUGUAUUAUUAUAUUUAUUUUUGAGCUCACUAUGUAUUAAUAUUUAAAUAAUUAUGCAGAUACUUUCUCUGGGUCUAUUUGGAGUCCUAUUUAUUUAAUGCUUUAGCAUCUCAUAAUCUAGGCUUGAGAAUCAGGUGCAUUUUUUUCCUAGAAAUAUAUCUGUUGCAGUGAUUUAAGGUGGUGCAGAUGGUGUUUGUUCUGUAUAAUAAAUCUUCUGUCUUUUGCUUGGCAUUUGUAGUUAAAUUAAUCAGUAUACAUGGUUUAAUGCAUAAAAUGUUUAGAACUAGUCUAUCCGUGAUGUUGGUGCUUUGAACCUUUAAAAAUGCACAUUUGCCAUGAUUCUUAUUGUUUUCAUUCUUAUCAAAUAUAUAGAUUUGUCAGUUUUUCCCCCAUUUUUCUAUAAGAGCUGAUUGGUAUUCUGAGACUAACUUUUUAAACAGCACUAUUUCUAGUUCUAACAAAAUAGGUUUCUUAUUUGUGAAGUGUUUUCUGUUAAGGACUAUCUUCUGUUUACUGCAAAGGUCAGUGACUCUAUUGACACCAGCUUUAUUUCCCCCACUUUUUUUUGUAUUCACAAAUACAAAUUGAAAGGCUAAAUUAUAUUGAAAGGCCUUUAGAACAGCAGAUUCACAUGCACAUGUUUGACUUUCAACAUUCAGCUUAUAGAAUAAUGGAGUCUAUCCAGCAGGCUAUAAAGCAAGUGCUUGAAACAAAACCAGAAUGAUUAAUAACUGCAAUAACUGAACUAUAUUUGGAGAGUUUUGUCACAUAAUUGCAGUCAUAAUGAGCGCUAGAGAAUCUGAUUAUCUUACAGUUGCAAUCUGGAAGAGCUUUUUAUUUCACUUUGUUAUAAAAUGUUAUAUGAGAGUAUGAUGUCACAUAUUAAUGCACAUGAGGGAGAUGCCUAAUGAGAGUGGAUUAUACUAAUACCAAAACCCAAUACCAUUUACUAAGUGACUUUCCCUGUUUACAUAUAUCCAAGGAAUAUUGUAUAUACUUCUUUUUAUGUAUUUAGGGUUUUAGCCUCAGUUUGGGAUCAUGUAUUUUCUCCAGGAAUUACUUUACUUAGAGUCCAAACAUAUUUUCCAACUAUUAAGAAAAAUUAUGCAGCAUACUUCAAAAGGCUAUAUCUACUUGGAAAUGAGCUGUAAAAAAAAACAACUCUGUUUAUAGAAAUACAAAAUUCUGCUGAAGCCGGAUACUUUUGAAUUGUUCAUUACAUUCUGUGCAUUUAGAGUAGAGACUAUUUGUUCAUUAACUAUUUUUUGUUUUACAAGCAUGUGUAACUGGGUUCAUAUAAUUGGAAAGUCCUAGGAAGAAGUUUUUUCUGUACCUUCAAACUAUUAACCAUUUUUUUCUUUAUAUUUAACCUAUAUGUUUAGAGUAAAGCUAGUUCUCUUGGACCCAAUCCAAUAUAUUGAGUUAAUACAGAAGGUUAAUGAUGAUGAAAAAUAUUUUUGUUUUUGUUUGUUUGUUUGUGCUUAUUAGUUUAUUUUUUUAAUUUGACAUUUUGUCUUCGGGUACCAUAGGCAUAAAAAGUAGAUUUCUUCUGUAUAGCUUAAUUAUAUAGUAAAUUUUCAGUGUACUUUAUUGAAUGUCAUUAUUUUCUCCAUAUAAUGCCAUGAAACUUAACCUGAAUACUUGUUGUGCCAUUGGAUUAGACUUUUUUCCUAUGAUUACUGGAAAAUGUAUAUGUGUAUUUAUAUAUAUUAUAUAUAUAAUUUUAUUAACAAUAAUUAUAAUGAAACAGCUAACAUUUA